CUAAAAAAGAUGGCGUCCUUCGAGCGCGUGCGCAGUUCUUGUUUUGCUGGGUUUGCUCUUCGGUUUGGACGCCUUUGGUGUUUCACGACGACGCCUCCCUCCAAAUUAAAGCCCACUUGACGAUGGCGAACGAGCGCCUGCGAGUCCUGGAGGAGGUUGAGAAGGAGAUUGCGAUGAUCCUACAGUGUGCUGGCAAUAUUGUGAUGGAACUUUCCAAAGACAAACACAACGCCAGCCUCCUAGACAGACAGCUGGUCCAGUUCCAGAGCUCCGUCAGCAGAGUUGAGAGUGAAUUGAGUGGCCAAAUCCGCUACCUGACGCAGGUUGCCACCGGCCAACCUCAUGAGGGUUCCACCUAUUCCUCAAGGAAGGACUGCCAGAUGGCGCUCAACAGAGCAGAGUACGCCAAAGUCAAACUGGGAGAAUUGGGACGAACCUGCGAGGUCAUGUUGGAGCCGCCGCUGCAGCAAACAUGAAGAGAAGUCAAGUUGUUUUCUGCACCUUUAUUUGGACAAACUUUUGAACGAGAGCAACAUGGACUGUGAAAUGUUUUCCACCCAGCUAAUAAAAAUAGUGUAU